AGGAUGAAGCGAGGCAGAAAGAAUUAGAAGAGAAGGAAAAACAGAAGAAGCGGCAAGAGAAGAAGGCGGAAAAAGAACGCCGUCGACGGGAACAUGAAGUGAGGAGAGAACAGGAGAUAUUAGCCCAGAGUGGGGACACCUCAGACGAAGACAUCAACAGGGAAAGAGAAAAACAAAAAUAUAAUGGAAGCCAUAAAGCAGGGAAACGGGGCAAAGGCAAGAAAGGCGGCUCUUGCGUGAAGCUGGUCCUCUUUUCAUUCCUUGCCCUCAUCAUUGCCCUCCUCGUUGCCAUCGACUUCCACUGCAAUGCCAGCCAGAGAGACCAGCUGUGCAUCACCUACUGGCACCCAGCGCGGAGUCAAGUUCUGGCCGCCUGGACGCAAUCCAAAAUAUUCUUGACCAACUUCUACCACCGGCACAUAGAAAAGCUCUUUUUCUAAUUUAUUACUAAGUUUUGUUGCUCUGAAGUCAAUGUCAUAUUAUGUUUGUUUUGUUUUUUUUGAAAAGAAAGAUAAAAAGUGUCGUGGAAAUGAGUAUUUGUGGUAGUAAAAAAAACUAUAUGUAUGUGAAAGAUUUGUUUCUGCAAGUGUUGAUGUGGUCCACAGUGUGAAUGACGAUAGUCUCUGCCUAAACAUGCAUGAUCAUUUUUUUUUAAACACACAAACAGUCCGCUUGAUUAAUUAUACAAGAUUUGGCUUUAUUACAAGUCCUACAUACAGACUUCUUUCUAGAUAAUUUACAUGUAGUAGGUAGCGUAAAUACGGCCUCGCGGGCACUCGCGGCCUUCCGACCGCGUCGUAUCGGUGAAAUCGGAGUAAUUCCGAUAGAUGUUUCUUUGCUCUUUCGCUAUAAAAUACCAAAUGCCGUACACCUUGUAAAAGUUCCAGCUUUUCCUCGUUACAAUGGUGUAAAUUGUUUAUAUGUCCGAUUAUUAGGAGCUGGAAAAUCGCCGACGAAAACGAAGCCCCUUGCGGUCGAAAUGCGUGGUCGGCCGGUUGAAAAAUUGACACGCAGUCAUUCAAAUGCUUCGCGGAAUGAGGGAUGAUUAAAUGACGUCUAGAAGUACGAGCGAUUGCUCCAAUUCUGAAUGGAUUCUCAAGAUGUGUUUGGUUUCGUUUAAAAGUGUGUUUGUGGCUCCCCUCAGUUAUUGUGCCUUCAGGCAGACACUAGUGUUUGUAUUUUGUUCUUUUAACUUUGUUUUUACUUGUUGAUGGCCAGGAAAAAAGGUGAACAAACACUGAAGUGAUGUUCAUCGGGUCUCUCUGUAUGUUCUUGUAUUUGGGAAGUCCCUUCCAUGAAAGGAAUUUUGUGACUGCAAUUUUUGUGUGUGUGUGUGAAAUUACUGAAAUGGGGAAGUUUGGUGUGAAAGAAAAGAAUAUUGUUUUUGUUUUAUGUUCCUUGCUCGGAAAUAAUUGUGUAAUUACCACUGUAACUUUGAUGCAAACUUGUUUUAGUCUGAAUAUUUUAUUGUGAUAUUUUCAGGCUGUACUAGCAAUGCACAUAUAAAUAAGGUAAUCUGUUUGUUCUAUCAUGGUUAAAGUAACUGUUACUCGUCAAUUCAUUAUAGUUAGGGGAAGAGGAGAGGUUUGUCUUUGAUAGAUGUAUGAUCUUUUAAUGUAACUACAUUCAGUGUGAUUGUAUUUUAUUUUAAAGUGAGGCUCAUUAUAUUCAUAUCUGUGUACGUAAUGUCAAAUGUGUGGUUCUUUUGAGAACUCGUUUGAGUUUUAUUCUUUUUCAUUCUCUAUUGAGACUGCGAAGAUGAAAUGUUACUGUCUGAAUUACAGUUAUGUAACAAUGUAACAGCAGCAAUGACUUUUUGUGUAAUCGAUGUGACUUUGUAGAUGGAUUUGUCAAGUCGUUUUUUCUUGUCAUAGAAUCAUUAAGAAAAUUGAUUUUCCUUUUGUGAAAGUGAAAGAGAGACACGAGUGGCAAACCAUGAUCGCCAAUGUCUGUUUCAAAUCUGGCACAUGAAGAACGUGAACGUAAAAGUAUAAAUCUGAAGAAAAAAAA